AUGAAAGGCAUGUGCUAUUUUACCAAUGUGGUCCUGUUCUGCAUAGCCAGUGGAGCAAGUGGAUGGGUCAUCCAUAACUCGACAGAUUCCACUUCAAUAGCCAAUUUCACCGACAUUAACUCUGUGCUCAUCCCCAAGGCUAGACGGAAACGCUGGAUUUCACAAAGCGACAUGCUUGCCAUCCUUGACUAUCACAAUAAAGUCCGUGCAAAUGUCUUUCCACCUGCUGCAAAUAUGGAGUAUAUGGUGAGUGCAAGUUUUUAAUUGAGAUUCAAUUGAAAGUGUUUUACAUGCUAAACUAGUAGGCUACUUUUAUUUGAGAUUUGUUGGUGUAAUUUUGCCUUUGUGAUUUCAUCUGGUAAUUUACUGUAUAAAAAAAAAAAAAAUGCCAAUUAAAAUGUAGGUAGGCAUCGUGAGUCAUGUGGCUACUGUGGCUUGGUCUAUGGCUCACCCUGCUGGAAGCAUAAGGUUACUACAUAAGAUCUGUGUACUCAUGGUCACAGAAUAAAUGUGUGUGUUUUGUUUUGGGGGGGGGGGGUGUUUCUGGCAUCUGUUCGAUAUGAUUGCAAGAAGCUUUACUGUUUCUAUUGGGUAUCAAAAUAUAACUGAUGAGCAGUUUUGUGCAUUUUGUAUUCAUGCAAGUUAAUUCAAGUAGAUAUUUAUGAGAGCAGCUCACAAUGCAUGGCUUUUGUGUACUUUUAGGUUCAAUCCCAAUGAAUGCAUUAUCAUGUCUGCAACACAUACAGGUGUGGGAUGAAGGCCUUGCCAGAUCUGCUGAAGCCUGGGCAGCCACAUGUCUCUGGGAACAUGGACCACCAUUUCUACUGAGAUACCUGGGACAGAACCUGUCGGUCAGAACAGGGGGGUAUGUAAAGCCUGGGAUGUGUCAAUCAUAUCUCAACUGACCACGUGUUGAUAUAAUAUUUUAAUUGUUUUUAUUGAUUGAGGGGGAUCCGAGCAAUGUCAUCUUUGAGUCCAACCUCAUGCAAUGUUGGCUAUGGCGCGAAAUGAAUGUACUCUAUGUGUUUCUUCCAGAUAUCGCUCCAUUCUGCAGCUGGUCAAACCUUGGUAUGAUGAAGUCAGUGAUUAUAUGUUUCCAUACCCUCGUGACUGCAAUCCCAGGUGUCCUAUGAGGUGCUCUGCACCGAUGUGUACACAUUACACACAGGUACAGUAGCCAUCAAGGCACUUCAGAUAUGGGAAUCUGGGGGUAGUCUUAUCCUGAUGAAGACCCUGAUGAAGGUCUAUUGACCGAAACAUUGCUUCUAUGAGAUUAAUUCAAUCGUGUGUGCAAUAUUCAGGAUAACCAGGGUGCUGGAGUUUCUUAUUUUUCAGGAAAGUAUAUUUAUCCUCAAAAGACUUCGCUGACUGUCUCUGACUGAUAUUCAGAUGGUGUGGGCUACAACAAACAGAGUUGGGUGUGCAGUUCAAACUUGUUAUAACAUGGUUGUCUGGGGAGCCAUGUGGAGACAAGCAACAUACCUGGUCUGCAAUUAUUCCCCAAAGUGAGUACUGCUUAAUACCUUAACAAGCUCCACUUAUCACAGCUGAAUGAUUGAUAUCCUCUCUCUUACAUUUCAGAAACACAUUGUCAGACCGAAUGAGAACAGAUUUAUAGGUGUUCACGUAAACUGAUGUCAUUAUGAAAGCAUCACGGCUAUUUUAUGCAAAAUAUAACUAUUAUGCUUUAGAUUUGUGAAAUGGGAAAUGACAACUCCAUGAAUUGAAAUUGGAAAAUGAUAUGUUUAAUGCCCAAGGGAGCAUCUUUAAACUACAACAAGGAUUACACAUUAUUACUCUUUCUUUUCAAGGGGGAACUGGGUAGGAGAACCGCCCUACAGAGUUGGCAUCCCAUGUUCAGCAUGCCCACCAAGCUACGGAGGCUCCUGUAGUAACAACCAAUGUUUCCCUGCAAUAAUGUCCAACUACAUGUACUGGUUCAAGUAAACCAUUUUGACAUCUGUUUAAAUAAUGAACUGUCAGAUAUCAUAAUUUCACAUGGCUUCAAAUGUCAAAUGUAUUUUCCCAAGUACUUUACAUGUACAAUGUACCUUUUUAUACAAUUACACAUUUAGAAUUAUAAGCUACAUUUGAUUUGGUUUUGAGAUGUAAAUGAGUAUCAUACAUUGUUAUGUUGUAGCGUACAACUUAUUGUUGUCUUACCAUCAUAUUGAUGGUCAAAUGUAUUGAUCAGCAAUCAUGUUGUUUUUGUUGGUGACUUUUGAUUGACUAUUUGGUACAGAGGUCAAACCUACAGUAGCAAAUGUCAGUAGCAUUUUCAACAUUGAUAAAUAUAGUUUUAUUAAAGAUUUACUGUAUUUUUGUACUUCUAAAGUGUUUUCCAGAACAUGAAUUACAUGUUGUUGUUUUUAUUUACAUGAUGCUUCAUAUUUUUACACCAUUGAAUUUCACUUAUAUUUGUGUUCAUGUAAUUGCUAUGGCCUGUACCAAUGUUAUAGAAUAAAGACUGCUAAACUGUAACUGAGUGUUUGUCUUGCUUGAGAAAGUGUGUUUGGAAUGUCCAACUGCAUUAGCAGAGGUUUUGGCAGCUGUAGUGAGGAAAGGAGAACACCAGAGGGCGAGCCUGACAAACUAAACUUGUUUUUUUCUCAAAUCCAAUACAAUUUGAAUAGUCACAUAGGCUACACGGUUUACAGCAGGUAUAAAAGGUGCAGCUAAAUAAAUUCAGCCUGCAGUGGAAUAUUCCCUUGUGAAUAUUCAACAAUGUCCCUAUGUGAAGACUGAUAAUUAUGGACACGUUGCACAUAAGUCAUAUAAAGACAAGUAAUGAAAUGAAUAAUAGGGAAAACAACACAAGAAAAGGUUAUUUAGACACAGUGUCAACUACCUGCUGAAAUGUUCUGUACACUGCUAAAUAGAAUAAAAAAUAAUGUCCCUGGUCAACAUCAUUACAGAGAAUUUGUUUAGGCCCAGCCCAUAAGCCAAUUAUCUCUUGGACCUAUUUGGUUCCCCACUGACUUGGAGUCUUGCAGUGCUAGAACCCAAUUGCCCCUAGCAUGGAGUGUCUGCAUCUCUACUGUAAAGAACUGAAGAAGACUAUCAAUGGGAUUAAAAUUCCCCUAGUAGGCAACUUUGAAUUGGCAGUGGUACUUAUUCACCCAAACUGUCUUUGUUUGUACUAGUUACCCCAUCAAUGCAGUCACCUGGAAGCAACCAUGGCACUGUACAGCAACUUGUUACAGCUCUUAGCUGGGCACUGACUUCAUUUCCACCUGAGUUGACAUUUCUUGGUCAUGUGGAUUGAUUCCUCUUGACGUCUUAUUAGGAAGGCAGGAUUGAAGUCAGCAUGACCUAAGGUGCUGAGAAUCUGAUGCCCAGGAAUGCACUCAUAAAACAGGGAGCACAGCAUGCCCUCUACCCAGAGGAUACCAGCUAUCUCCAUGAUACCCACCUGAGGAACAGAGUCUGUGUCUCGAACUUGGGUUGAUGCUGACUGAAGUGGAAAAAGCCUAAUCAGUUUUGAUGGGUUUGGACACCGUUAAGUUCCAGAGCUCAGUUGGGUUGUGUUGCUUAAAAAAAGGCAGGGAAUAUAGGAGGACAGCAAGGACUGAGUGAAGCUUUUCUUAGUGUCAUGGAUGCAGGCACAAAGCUAGAGAGGCUUGUAAUAACAUAGACAGUGAUGUUUGGGGUGUAUAGUACAGUAAUAGUUAAUUCAUCCAAUAAGACUCAAUUCAACUCAAAUCCCAUUACAGUAAAUGUGACUUUUGAACAUCUCAAAAUCUUACUAACACACAUAAACGGAAAUACUAUUCUAAAGUAAAACUGAAUGUACAUUUGAGUGGGCUUUCAUUACCCAAAGUUUACCUUGCUGUAACAUGAGUGGGGUGGUUGGGAUCAGGACCAGAGUCUUCCAAUAGUUCAAUCUGGGAUCACAGGAGGAGGCCAAGGGCGGGGUCUGCGGCGUUACGCAUCGCUAAAUCCAAAUUUGGCAUAUAAACGCAGGGAGCGCUCAUACUUGAAUGAUUAUACAGGUACUCUCUCUCGAUUCCUUGGUGGAUGUACGAUUCCCGAACUUACUUGCUUAUUACGUACAUUUAGGCUCCUAUUGAUGUCCUAAAUCUUAGGAUGUAUGAAGAGUAGCUUUCAUGUUCACCAUUCUGCUGCACUACAACUUUUGGACCUGGACAUUGUUUCCCGGGGAUAGUUGACCAGAUUGAACAAAAACUUUUGGUAAAAGGUACAUGAUUUUUAAAAAUGUUAUAUUCGACACUGGGAUAACGAAAAUACUGUUUUGUAUUAUAACUUUGUAUUAUAACAGGAUCAGAGGUGAAUUGUCUUGCCUUGUCAGCCCGUGAGAUAAUUUCACACGCAAUACGCAUGCUCAUGAAAUAUUGCAUGUGCUUGGCUAAAACGUAUUUUCCUUUUGAGAAAUUGUGUGAACAGUGCAAUUGACCUACAGUCAAUAGCUUAAAAUACACCAAAGCUAUGUACAGUAUUACAGUUCUAAUUCUAAUAUAUGAUAUCCAUGUGCCAGUGAUGUGAUAAUUCAUCAGUAUUCACAUUCAAGUUAAUUUAUAAAUCAAUAAUCAAUAAUAUUGAAUUGAAUAAAGAUCUCGGAAUGCUUGACCAACCAUCAUAUUGUAUUUCAUGUUUUAUUUUGUUUAGCCAACAGAAUACAGAUUUUGUAUUGGAGUGAAUCACAGAGGCUCGAGAGGCUGAUCGUCAUCAUGAAGGGUGUACCUCAGGACUGGCUGAGAGGGUUUGGGUUGCUAUUCUUUGCCCGAACAGUACUUUCUAUGGUGAUCCCUAACUCUACUCACCUGGAAGCGAUACUGGAGAAGUAUAUGAACAAAAAUGAUGAGUGGUGGGUGUCCAAACAGAGAGGGAAGAGAGCCAUCACUGAGGGUGAUAUGCACCUCAUCCUCGAUUUGCACAACAAACUCAGAGGUCAAGUUUAUCCUCAAGCUUCAAAUAUGGAGUAUAUGGUAAGAAAGCUAAACCAGGACCUACUGUGUCUGCUAUAUUUAUGUUAUAUUUAGGUUGUCCUAAGAUGGACUGUAGGCGAUUAGAAUAUGACACUUGCCCAUACUGAAGAAGGUAGAAGGAGAUUGUACACUACUACAGAUUGAAGCAAGUGUUAGUUACUUAUUUUGCACUGAUACUUAAUCUAAGCUAAUGUGUGAUACUUGCUCAUGGACUCAAGACAUCUAGGCUUGAGAAUCUGGAACAUUCUCAAACCCAUUCAACCAGAAUGGUUUCAGCAGAUCACAUCUGCAAAGUCAGGGCCAAUGCAGAGGUUUCACACCAAGCUCUGGGAGCCAGUGGUGUAAAGUAACUAAGUCAAAAUACUUUGAAGUACUACUUCAGUAGUUUUUUUUAGAGGUAUCUGUACUUUACUUUAGUAUUUAUAUUUUUGACAAGUUUUACUUUUACUCCACUACAUUCCUAAAGAAAAUAUGUACAUUUUACUCCAAUACAUUUUCCCUGACACCCAAAAGUACUUUCGAAUGCUCAGGCAGGACAGCAGUAUGGUCCAAUCCACAACACACCUACCUGUAUAAUGCUUUGUCAUCCCUACCGCCUCUGAUCUGGCAGACUCACUUAACAAAAACUGCAUUUGUAAAUUUUUGUCUAAGUGUUGGAGUGUGCCCCUGGCUGUCCGUAAAUGAAAAAAAAAUAUGAGAAAAUUCUGCCGUUUGGUUUGCUUAAUUAAUUUAAGGAAUUUGAUGUCUAGCAUUUACUUUUUACUUUUACUUAAGUAUGACAAUUGAGUCCAUUUCCCACCACUGCAGGGUGCAGAGUGCUCAGAUAGAUAAAAACCUAAAUACAAGCCUGACCAACAGCCAAGCAAUAAAACCAGUAUGUUACUGGCCCUGUCAAACCUCAAGCUCUGGCCCCUGCCUUGGCUACCGGCCAGCUCUCUCCUCCACUGUUAUUGUGCACUCUGCCUCAACCAUUUAAACUCACAUCUUCAAAUAUUAGUCUUUGUUAAAUCUUUGCAUUUCAUUUGGCAACAAAGAUGGAUCUGUGUUGACUCAAACUUUUAACAGUUGAGCAUCAUCCUUUGAAGUAUGGUUGUUCAAAUAUAGGUUUCUGCAAAGGAUUCCUGGAAGCAAUGUAAAGUACUGUUCCCAGAUGGAGGGGUUCACUGUAAAUGUUGAGAAGAACGCAAAGGAUUUGCCUUUUAGAGGACAUCAUUUCGAUGUCUUAAUGUAAAUAUCCAACACUAUUUGGAUAAUCUGGAUGAUUUCCCAUGUAUUAACGGAGAUUAGUAUCCAGCCCUACAGUAUGUCCAUAGCCUUCAAGCCCACUGCACUAACCCUAAGCAGUGCAGAAUGCAGAUAUCAUUAAUGUAAUGUACUACACAUGGAAGACAUUAGGACUGUACAGGGCAGCCGACUGGCACCUUUUUCAGUCAACCUUGAUGGGUGUUAGUGCAGUUAUACAGCAGAACAGCAGCACACUACACCUAUUCUUCUAAUGGACAAUUUUAUUACAGCUUGGCUGAAACAUUAGAAGUCCUCUCAUCAUAUCCACAGCUCUUUGUCAGAAACAAGUGGUGCACAAAUAGAUUAUAGUUUCAAUUGACCCACUACAAGAUCUGUAUCAUGUGCAGAUUGGUGCUCUUUAGUGCAGAGUUGAUGCAAAGAGGCCAGUAGUACUAAAAAUGCCAUCAGGUUCCCCAAUACUUUCUGGGAAGAAUGUUUAGAUUUGCAUUUACAAUGUUUGUUUAUCAAGAAUUUUGUAUUUCUAGAGUCUAACUAACACUAAUACAAGCACUUUUAAGAGUUGUAGUCUCAGCAGCACUAGCGCCAAUCUGAUGUGCCUGCAGAUAUGUGUUUAGCUUAUCAGAAUAACUCUGACUUUCACAUAUGAAAGGUUUGGGAUACGGAGCUGGAGAGGAGUGCUGAGCACUGGGCACACACCUGCCUGUGGGAGCAUGGACCACAACACAUGCUAACACAGAUUGGACAGAACCUGGGUGCCCACUGGGGAAGGUCUGUAUAGUAACAGGAGAGAUGACCAGUUUGAUUAUAUGCAUUAUGUCAUUAUACAGUAGUACUUUAUGUCCAUUUCUUAACAUGAUUACUCCUAGAUUUAACAGGAUGAAUGACAGUUGUGGGGUCAAAUAAACUCAUGAGGCAACAAAUGUGUGAUUAAACAGUAGAGUACAGAGUACUGAUAUAUUGCAAUGGGUUGUGUCCAGUUAGUUCAAUUGUUUUGUUUCCACUUUCCUCAGAGACCGACCACCAACAUUUCACGUCCAAGCCUGGUAUGAUGAAGUGAGAGACUACAGCUAUCCUUAUCCACAGGAAUGUAACCCACACUGCCCCUUCAGAUGCUCUGGUCCCGUCUGCACUCACUACACACAGGUAAGAGUUUCCUAUGACAAUAUCAUAACACCUUAUUUAAGGCCAGAGAAGUCUGAGAGGACCAUUAUCUGAAGGUAGCUACUUUGUUUGUCUUUGCAGAUGGUUUGGGCAACAAGCAGUCAUAUUGGAUGCGCUAUCAAUGUGUGCUACAAUAUGAAUGUGUGGGGCAUGAUAUGGACUAAAGCUGUGUACUUGGUUUGCAACUACUCACCGCCGUAAGUUUUCCAAUUUAAAAAAAAUUAUUCUUAUGUUUGUUUUCCCCCAAAAAAUGUUAUUUUCAAUUGCUGUAUAUUAUGUAGUGUAUUGGAACUGGGAGGGAUUGGGUCAAAAGGUUCAGUGUGUUUUAUGAUGUCAUUUGUGUGCAGGGGAAACUGGUGGGGGCAUGCCCCAUACAAACAUGGCCGCCCAUGCUCUGCCUGUCCGCCCAGCUACGGUGGAGGCUGUAGGGACAAUCUCUGCUACAAAGGUAGGCUGCUUUUUUUUGUGCAAAACAAAUUGGUUGCUUUUCACACUUUUGUUUUGCAGGGCAUAUUACAUGUGAUGUGGCUCGUUCUUCUUCAGAGAACGGAGUACAGCGACGUCCUGCCCCUGAACUAGAAGAGACAAAUUACAUCGAGCCGGAGCCGCAGCCAGAGCCGAGGGCCCAAGAGCCGAGGGCCAGACCACUGCCCCCUACACCAUCAUCCAAUGACAACGUGGAGAGGAAUGAGGUGGUCAGCACAGAGCAAAUGUGUAAGAAUUGAUCUCUCAUUUUAUUGCACUGUAUUUCAUAUACAAUGUCAUUGUACAGUAGGACAUGUCUGUCACCUGACAGAUAAGUCUAUGUUUGGUAUCAUUUCCAGAAUCUAAGUGAGAUUGGUUUUCUUGUUUUCAAAGGUCAACAGAUGGACUGUGAGACCAAGCUGCGUGAUCGUUGUAAAGGAACCACUUGUAAUAGGUAGGACUAAGUUGUUCCUAAAGUUGAUGCUGUCACUUACCAGUUCUCACUCAUUCCUGUGAAUUGGUCAAAGCUGAGUUAUAACUCUUGUUUCUUCUUGCAGGUAUGAGUGUCCUCCUGGAUGCUUGUCCAGCCCAGGAAAAGUAAUAGGGACCGGGUAUUAUGAUAUGGUACGAAAAGAAAACACUAUUUUGUAUCUGUACAAAUUAUUAUGUGAUUAUAUUGGGAUACGAUCACAUAUGUCUCUCUAUUUAUGUGUGGGAAUACUUGGGAACAGAUUUCCUAAAUUAAAAUAACUUGGAGCUGAUUUCCUGGUGUUUUUACAGUUUUUUAUGUCCAACAAUGAAAAUUCACACAAAAAAUGAAUGUGCUCAGUAAACUUGGGUGGUCAAAUAAAAUAAUUUGGCCCACGGGCCACCAGUUCGGGAACCCUGGUAUAAAGAGUAGUGAAACAUGUUACAUUUUUCAGCAAUCAAGUGUUUGUGGAGCUGGUUUACACGCUGGUAUCAUAGACGAUGGUGGAGGUUGGCUGGACGUUACAAGACAAGGAAGAAAACCACAUUUCACAAAGUCAUACAAAAAUGGCAUUCAGUCUGUUGCGUGAGUUCAACUUUUACUCACUCCAUUAUGUUUGUUUUACUCAUUUCAUUAUGAUUGUUUUACUCAUUCCAUUAUGUUUGUUUUACUCAUUCCAUUAUGUUUGUUUUACUCAUUCCAUUAUGCUUGUCAUAAAGCCAAAGCAACAAGUGACACGUUUUCACAACAAAUGAUUCAAAUUUACAGGAUGAACAGGAGUGCAAAUGCCUUCAACAUAUUUACUGUACCAGGUAUGUCUGGUCUACUAUCAUGUUGUGCACCUUUAUGUCUCAGUAAUGCAUGUAUUGUUUGAAUGACAUUGUGGCAUCUUUGCUCCUCAGUAAAAGCAGUCACAUGUGAGACCACCGUUGCACGGUUCUGUCCCUACAAAAAACCUGCACGGCACUGUCCAAGGUAAAGAAAGAGGUCACAUUCUAAUAAACCAAACUUGACCUCUACUGUAAAGUUGAUUGGUUUGGAUAGGUACUGUGUUUCAUAGCUAUUUUCCCCCACCAGGAUGUAUUGCCCCCGCAAUUGUCUGCAUGAGACCCGUGCCAGAGUCAUUGGAACACAAUGGUAUUCGGAUGUAAGUUCUUGUAUGUAUGUCUGUAUGUAUGUAUGUAUGUAUGUAUGUAUGUAUGUACUGUAUGUCUGACAAUGGCCUCCAAAUAUGUUAUUUCACUGUGUUCUACGCUAACCUACCUUAUUUUUUCUAGAAAUCCAGUAUAUGUCGAGCAGCCAUCCAUGCUGGUGUCAUUCAGAAUGACUCAGGAGGCUACCUGGAUGUGCAGCCCGUGGACAAGAGGAGACAGUACAGCGGUAGCUAUCAGAACGGAAUCUCUUCAGAAAGGUAAGGGACGUGAAUAAGGGAAACGCAGGCCAAUUGUGGGGUUUUGACUCUGUUGCAAAUGCUUUUGGAUGCAUAAUGGCUAGGGGCCAGGAUUCUUUCCUGGUCAGCUCAUGUGGUCAGAAAAACUCCUUGCCUUGCCAGAUACAUUAUAGAGAUAUAGGCUAGUAUCAGUGUCAUAUACUGUACCUUGGCUUGACUAUGUAAACUGUUCUUAGCUGAAUGCAAACUUACACACGUGUAUAUUCUUCCUCCCAGCUUACAGAAUCCCUCAGGUGGCAAAGCAUUCAGAGUAUUUGCAGUCAUUUGAAUCCACAUUGCAAGGACACUGGCAAUGAAAAUGAGCACUUGUCAUUUAACACCCAGUCAUUUCACGGCCAGUAAUUACAUUGCUUAUGGUUUCCUUUUCUUGCUAAGCUGCACCUCAGCUUCUUAAGGCUGUUCAUUUCACUUUGAGCACAACGUAUAUAAAGAUACACUGUUCAAAUGUAGAUCUUUUAAGACUGUAUAUUGGAUGUAUAUAACAUGUUGUAAAUAAGUUGAAUGUCUAACAAA